AUGCCAUCUGAACAGAAAAAGUUGUUUUGUGAUGAGAAACAUAGUAUUUUACAAAAAGAUAAUAAUGUGAAAAAUGAGAUAAUUGAUACUUUGAGAUCAGUACCUAAUCUAAGGACUUCAGAAAGCAGUUGCCAUUAUAAACUAAGAAAUGUGAAAAUCAGUUUGCCCAGAAUAAAUAUUCCAAAUGAAGUCCUAUUGAAACAUGAAAUUGACAGAUAUAGAAAAUUAUUUCCAAGUAAACGACAGACUGCAAGAAAAUCUGUUAAUAUAAAGACUAUAAACUCUAUUGAAGAGUGCAUGUUGCUUCCUAAGUCUGAGAUAACUGAAGACGAGAGUAGAAAAAUGUCUGCAAAAAUUCUUAAUUUCAGCUGUUCAAAAUGCCAAGAUGACAUUCUGUAUAGCCCAAAUGAUUUGCACAAACAUUUUCAAAUGUGGCACUAUGGUGAAUUACCUUCCUAUCCUUGUGAAAUGUGCAGUUUUUCGGCAAGUGACUUCCAAGUAUUUAAACAACACAGGCACACCCAUAAAAGCACUUUUGUGAAAUGUGACAUUUGUAACAAUGAGAAUGUAUAUACUUUAUUGGACUUAACUAAGCAUUUCAUAUCCACACAUUGUAUUAAUGGUAAUUUUCAGUGUGAAAGGUGUAAAUUCUCUACCCAGGAUGUUGGCACAUUUGUUCAACACAUUCAUAGACAUAAUGAAAUUUCUUAUAAAUGUGGUAAAUGCCGUCAUGUGUGUUUUUCCAAAGAAGAGCUUCAGAAGCACCUUCAUCUUCAUUCUAAUGGGUUUCCAUUUGUUUGUCAGUGUUGUGGUUACGGGGCCACCAAGAGAUACAAUCUUGUAAGACAUGUUACAACUUUUCACAGAGAACAUUUAUAUGCAAAAGAAAAACUGGAGAAAGACAAGUAUGAAAAAAGAAUGGCAAAGACUUCAGCAGGACUUAAGCUAAUAUUGAAAAGAUACAAAGUAGGUACAUCAAGGAAGACUUUCUGGAAAAGGAAGAAAAUUAACAGUGGAAAUGAUGGAAAGAGAGAAACAUACACACAGAUACUUAAAGCAAACAGAAAACAGACUAAUGAUCAGACCUGCCUUGUUGAAGAGUGUUUAAGUAAAAAAAAGGAUGAGAGAGUAAACUGUGUGGCGAAGAAUGAUAAACCUGCUGAGUUACAGUCUGACAAACCAACUCUUCUGCCCGCUGGACAGUGUAAUGGAGCUGAAAAGGGAUCAAAUUCUACUUCAGGUCCCUUGAAGACAUUUUCUGUUCAAGGCCCUACAGUGUUAAUGGUGAAAAAUAAUAAAAUAACAGUGCCUGCUAACUACAGUGCUAAAUUUAUGGGCUUCAAGAUGGUGGAUGGAAAACAACAUAUUGUAAUAAAAUUGUUGCCUGCCAAUAAAAGUUUAUAUUCAUUAGGCUUACAGUCAGGUGCCUCUAAGGACACCACUGCUAGUUUGCAGCCCCAGACUUCAGACACCACCAGACCUUUACCAGCAGGAGUGGCGACUGAACUAAAUAACACAGUUUACAUGAAAACAACUCAGUUUUCAUGUUCACCUAUGCUUUCAGGGAAAGUGACUUCAGAAAAAGAAAUGGCUUUGAUAUCUCAAAUGAAUAAUACGCUUACAGUGGGUAAUGAAAAAAGUGCGGCUUUUUUGCCAGGAUCAUCAGAAUUAGUUACAGCCUCAGUGAAUUUACCCACAAAAGUUGAAACUAAAGAUACCGGUACUGACUUACAGGGAAAUGGUAUCACUCAAAUUCAUCCUCAGGUAUUAGGUACUACCAUUACAAGUCAAGAUAAAAUCAACUCUUCUGUCAGACCAAAUGCAUACAGCAGUGGAGAUAUGCAUAAUUAUUGUGCUAACUAUGCGAAUUCUGAGUUACCUGUUGAAGCUUCCAAUCAAGGAUCAUUACCGUUUCAUAAUUACUCAAAAGUGAAUAAUUCUAGUAAGCAUCAUAGGUUUACAAGGACAGCAGUGUGUGUAGAAAAUCCUCAAAGAGAAUCUUCCAGAAAAAUGAUGGUUCAACAACCAAUUAGUGAAUCUGUUUUGUCACUAGUGAAGAAGGAGAGCUUAAAUCCAGAUAGUCUCUUAGUAUCUAUUAGUCUUUUAAAUAGUAAGUAUAAAACAAAAACACAGGCUGAAAUUGAAGAGCAGGGUGAUUUAGGAACGGAACCAAACACUGAUGGACAGAAGCUGUACGCAGAUGAAAAUGAAAAUCCAGAAGGAAUGACUGACACAUCUAAAUGGGAUAAUGUUUCUCGUACUGAUUCACCUAUGAUGCCUAGAAUCACAUCUGUUUUUUCUCUCCAGAGCCAGCAGGCUUCAGAAUUCUUACCACCGGAAGUCAACCAGUUACUUCAAGAUGUAUUGAAAACCAAAUCUGACAUAAAACAGGACUCUAAUAACAUUCCAAAUGAAAGCCUGCCACUUCAUUGCGACCAGUCAUUUCAGAAACAUGAGCAACAGGGCAAAAUAGUUGGAUCCAAAAAAGACUUGAAAGUGCAAGACAUCUUCCCAAUUCCAGCUGGCAGCACUGGUGUUAAUGAGCCUGCAAAUCACUUGAAUUUAAAGUAUAAUGGAAAACAAGGGCUGUCGAUGUCCCAAAAUAUAAUAGAUUUAGAGAAGACACCUAGAAUUUCAGGAAUUGGCACGUUACUUAAGACUCAAUCAGAUGCGAUAAUAACACAUCAGCUUGUAAAAGACAAACUACGAGCUACUACACAAAACUUAAAUUCUGUAUAUAUACAGAAUCCUCUUGUAAAUGCAAAACAAAGAAAAGCUGUAUUUGUUCAGACUCCAAAAGGCCUCUUAGUACCAUUGCAUGUUGCUAGCAAACCUGCAUUACACGUCGUUUCCGGAAGACCACUUUCAUUUGCUAACCCACAAGGUGUACCUGCUGCUCUUUUAAACAAGAAACCUGGUAUGAUUUUAACUUUUAAUAAUGGGAAACUUGAUGGUGUUUCCAGUGUCAAAACUGAGAAUGCUCAAUCUUGUGGUGGAAUUACAGCUAAAGAACCUUGCAAAACACCGUUUUUAAAGGCAGAGCCAAGUAAUAAUAACUGUCUUACUCCUGUCCUUUGUUCUAGCAUUGGCAGUUGUGUUAGCAUGAAAAGUGGCUCAGAAAAGCCUUUACCAUUAAAAGGCCCUUACAUUAUUAAAACAUCAGCAAAUUCUUCAGUGAAACCUGUUCCUACUCCUACUGUGCUAUCUGAGCAUCAGGGAACUAAGAAUAUCUUAGACUCAGGAAAGCAGCAAAAGGAGGUUUCCCCAGAACCACCCCUUUAUACCCUCUUGCCUGAUGGCAAACAAGCUCUUUUUUUAAAGUGUGUGAUGCCAAAUAAUACUGAGCUGCUUAAGCCUAAAGUAGUCCAGAACAGUACUUACCAUCAAAAUAUACAGCCAAAGACACCUGAAGGAACACCACCAAAAAUACUGCUGAAAAUUUUUAAUCCAGUUUUAAAUGUGAGUGGUUCCCGAAACCCAUUAGUAAACCACUCUGCAUCUUCACAGCACACAGCUCCUCAGACUACAGAAAGAGGGCAGAAAGAGCCAGAGUCUUCUAAGGAUGCCUUACCAUUGCUAGAUGAUUUGAUGCCAGCAAAUGAGAUUGUGGUAACAUCUACAGCAGCUUGCCCAGAAUCUUCUGAGGAGCCAGUACGCAUCACCAACUGUUCAGACUCCAGGGUACUGAGAUCUAAGAUGGAUUGUACAAAUGAAAACUUCGAUAGAGAAAAGACUUCCAGAAGAAACUUUGCAAGACUUAAAACUCGCGUAGGAAGUAAAGAUUCUGAAAUCAUCUUUGCAUCUAGAGACAGAAACUGUAAACGAAAAUGUAGGAAUAGUUACCAAGAACCUCCUAGGAAGAAACCUUUUCACAGAAAGCGUAAAGAAAAGGCCAAAGCUGAAGAUAGCUGUCAAACGUUAGGACCUAGACUUCCGAAAGAUUCUGUCAGAACUUUACGCCUUUUCCCGUUUAGUCCCAGACAGCUUGUGAAAUGUCCCAGGAGAAAUCAACCAGUGGUAGUUCUGAAUCAUCCUGAUGCAGAUGCACCAGAAGUAGUAAAUGUAAUGAAAACUAUUGCUAAAUUUAAUGGGUGUGUACUUAAGGUUGCAUUGUCAGAAAGAACUAUGAAUGCCUUACUGAAACCGGUUUAUUGUAUCCCUUCUACAACAACUUAUGACGAAUUUUCUAAGAGGCACAAAACAUUUAAGCCUGUUUGUUCUGUGAAAGAAAGGUUUGUGCUGAAGUUAACACUCAAAAAGACAAGCAAAAACAAUUACCAGAUUGUGAAAACUACCUCUAAAAGUGUUCUGCAGGCUAAAUUUAGCUGUUGGUUUUGUGGUCGUGUAUUUGACAAUCAGGAUGCUUGGGCUGGUCAUGGACAGAGACAUUUAAUGGAAGCUACUCGAGAUUGGAAUAUGUUAGAAUGA